AUGCCAAACACCCUUCACCUCCAACCCCAACCUCUUCUUUCAAAACCCUCUCUUCUAAUAAAUCCUAUUGGUGAAAUAAUCUUCACUGACCCAAAAGGCACAAAUUUUGCAUUUAAACCUCACAUUUUUCACCCUCCCCCUUUGUUUUCAUACAAAACCCAUGUCCAAAAACCAAUUAUCUGUGCAAGAAAGAACAAAAGAGGAUCUGGGUAUCAAAAAUUAAUCAAAAUUUUGCCCGAAGUUGUGGCCUAUGUGGCAUCAAAUAUCAAGAUUUUGCCAGAGCCAUUGGAUUUGGUUAUUGAAGAAUUUGCUGCUAGUUGUCGUGGUGGUGGUGGUGGAGGGAAUUUUGGGUUUUGGAAGGGUUUGGGAGGUGGAAGAUUUGAUGGGUGGGGAAGAAAAGGAGGAAUGAAUUCAGGGUUUUUAGCGGUUUUGGUGGUUUGUGGGUUAGGGUUGGGGUUGUUUUUGUUUGGAGGAGAAUUAAAGAUAGAUGUGGUUUCUGGGGUUUUGGUGUUGAGUUUAUUAGGGGCUGUUUUGAUUAAAGGGUUUCAGAGAGGGGUUAAAGAUUGGAUCUUGGGCCUUUGCUUUUUUGGUGUUUUGUUGGGUUUGGGAUCGAAGAGAGAAGAUAUGCAAAAAUGGGUUGAGAGAUGUGGGGUUCGUUCCCCAGUUUUGGUGCUUAUGAAGGGAAAGAGAAGACAUGGUAGGAGAAUUUGGUAA